AUGGUCAAUAUGAGGCUCAUAUUAUUUGAAUAUUGUAAAGUAAGGUCUAAUUUAGAUACAUGCAAAUGUUCUUUCUGUCACAAACUGUCCUUCAGGAAGAUAACAAACUCAAUCUCAAUUCACCCAGAGGAAGACGCAACCAUGAAGGAGAUGAUUGUCGUCAUGCUGGUCAUUCUUAAAGGUUUGUGCAGUUUUUCUGCAAAACAUGUCUUAGUUAACCAACUGAUGAACUGGCAGCAAGCUCAGCAGUACUGUCGUACCUACUUCACUGACCUUUCACCCCUCAGCAAUAAGCUGGAGGAUCAGGUGUUCAGAGGUUCUGUCAGUCCGAACAGUUGGGGGUGGAUCGGCCUCUACAUGGAUUCCAGAAGCCCCACUGGGUGGAUGUGGUCUGGAGGAGACAAUGCGACUUACAUAAACUGGGGCUACCAAAUGUAUUACAAUUAUUAUCCUUAUGUCUUUUGGAUGGCCAAUCAAUGGUAUCCUGGUUUAAGAAACGACCUGCACAGUUUCUUCUGCCUGAACAUGACGGUGGUGGAGGAGAGGAAGACCUGGGAGGAGGCUCUUCAGUACUGCAGAGGGAACAACACCAACCUUGUUAGACUGAUAUCUGGGACCCAGCGCCUUCUAGCCGCGAGCCAGAUCCAGAAGCAAAACAUCAGUGGCCCGGUGUGGAUCGGCCUGCGUUACCUGAGUGACCGCUGGCUGUGGGUGAACAGCGAUGAUCCGGUGUACAGGGACUGGCCCCAGCCAGAAGGUCAGAACUACCAGUGCUCAGCAGAAAGACGCUGUGGAGCUCUCACCACACAGGGACUGUGGAAGAACGUGGACUGUCAGGAGACGCUCAACUUCAUCUGCUUUUGAGUGUGAGAGUGAAAACAUGGAGUCAAUCCUAAAUAAGUGCUAAAUAUGUUAUUAUGACCUAUAAAUAUGAUAAGUCUCUGUUUUAGAAUUGAUUAAAUUAAUAGUAAAUUACAUAAUGAUAUUAAAUUGUGAAUGUUAACAUUUUUAUGUAGACACAAGAACUUUUUUAACGUGCCUCUCUUUUUUAUGCUAAUUUUGAGAAAGUGAUUUUUGAGGUUAAGAAGUCAAUAUAAUAUUACAUGAAAAUCACCAUGCUGACAAAACUGAAGGAUCCAGUUAUAAAAUAUAAUGAAAUUUGUGCAUGUAAGAAAACUGACUGACUGACAACACACAGGACAAUAUUAAUAUUUGUCUAGUAGUAAGUUUGUAUAGUCAUUAGUGUCUUUUUAGAAGUCUUUAUGUAGCAAAUAUGUUAUCUUAGCAGAUCAUAUUGUGUAGUAGUUUUGUAUUUGUUGCGUUUGUGGUUUCUGUCUCAGGCUCAAAUAACACUGAUUUAAUUACUGUAAUCACCAUAUCCAGGUUUCACAGCUCUUUAUGCGAGUGAGAAAUAACUAAAUAUAUACUGGUUAGUAUGUAUUGUCAGUAAAUACAUACUUUAGUUAGUAAAAUGUUUAAAAUCAAAGAGCUAAAAAACAGGGGUUUGUUUUUACAUACUGCUUUGCAGAGGUCAAAACAUUUCCUAAACAAAUGUACAGGUAAAUUAAAAGGAUUUACUGACUUUCCAAAAUCCAGACAGCUUUAUUUUACAAGCAUCACAUUUGUUAACACCUUGAAUGACCUCUGUUGAUGUAUGUGUCCAGUAAAACCAUUAAGAUCCCUGCAGCACACACAGACACACACACAGACACACACUCUCUAGGAAGAAUUUGUGAAUCUCUACAUAACAAUGCUGUGUAUAUUGAAACUACGUUAAAAGAUUGAAUUUCUUUGCAUAGUUUUACCUGUAGCAAACAGGGUCACUUCCUGAUAGGAAACCACCUAAUGGUGCCACCACCCAAAGUGGUUGUGGUUCUAAGCUGAUCCAGUUUGACUGAUAACAGUGUGUUUUACAGUUACCAUGUGAAGUGCAUGUUCCAGACUGUAAUCCGCUGUGAUGCACAAUCGCUGUCUUUCUCUCAUUGCUACUCUGUG